CCGGCUUCAACUGUGCAUUGCAUCUCUAUACUGAUAGUCUCUUCAUUCGUCUGGACGCGUGUCCAUGCGGCGCGGAAGCGUCGUAGUCGCAGACACCCAGUGUUUGAGGGGACGUCUAGCCAUUUCCAUUCUUAUUGCAUCUUUUUUUAUUCUACUUGCCCGGUUCGAGGUGGCCGGUGCAUUGCAUUCCGAUUUUAAGACAUUCGAUUACUCAUAUUGACGUGAUCUGGCCGUAUCGUCCUCCUAUUACCUACUUGGAGACGAGAGCCAAUAAACAAAGAAGAAAAGUUUCGAAGCAUUUGUAGCGAGACUUUGAUCACAGUCUCAGAAUCUUAAGAAAGUUAGAGGGGAGAAGAAGAACCGAAGAAGAAUCUUAGAAAAUGGCUUCGUGGAGUAGCGUACAGUCGGGCUUUAACGUCGAUGAUGAGACUAUUAAUUUUGGAACACGGAUAAUCGCAGAAAACAAUUCUCUGUACGAGGCAUGCACCGUGGCAACGAUUCAAUCGCUUGAAAAGGUGGACCAACAACCAAAUGUCAUAGCAUCUAUUCAAUAUUCCAAGAUUUGUGUAGCAAUUGACAAGUCCAUUACAAUCUUUAAAGAUGAAACAUGCGAUGAAAUAUUAUGUAACAUUAGCUUUCCCUCCAUGAUAGCCAGUUACUGCAUUUCCAAGGACGAAGGUAUUACUACUAACAAUGAGACCGGUAUUACCGACACGUUUAGAAUAAAAACGAUAUUGGAAAGUAUUCCCGAAAUGCGUUUAGCUAGAUUAUUAAAGAAGAGACAAUUUGAUGCAGCUGAAGCUUUUGCAAGAAAAUCAAAUCUUUCAAUGGAACCUAUUUAUUGUUCUAAAGCAGCAUUAAUCAUAGAACAGCUUAGUCCGUGGGCAAAAUCUACUCUUAAUUCGGUCAACGUAGAUACAUUAAUAAAUAUUCUAAAUAAAAUACAAAGUGUGCAAUAUGUGAUUGAAUGUUGCAGUAAAGCCCUCAUUUCUGAUUAUACACAAAUGAGACGUAUAUAUUUAUAUGCUCGACAAAAAAUAAUGCAAAAUAUUAAGAUAAAAAAUAUAGAUGAUUCGUUGAACACCAAUCUAUCUAUAAUAAACGAUGCUUUAUACAGACUUGAGACUUUCCACAUGAUUCAAGAUAUCGAAGUAGAUACGCUAUUAAAUGAUGACGCAAGUAUGAAAGAAUGGAUACGAUUUUCACAAGCAAAUUUAUUGGAAGAGUGUACUACUCGUUUAAAUAUGGGUCAACUUAAAUCUGCUACGUUAAUUUGGACGAGACACCUUCCUGAUUUUGUAGAACAUAUAUCUAUGCAAAUUGUACAAAAUAUUUUUACAAUUUUACCUGAAGAUGUGGAUCCGUUAUGUUUGUGGCCUUGGCUUAUUCAUUUUAUACCAACAUUAUUGUCCUUAUUGCCUGAUGCAAUAAAUGAGAUUAUCUCUUGGAGUUUAAAAAAAUUGAAAUAUCUUGAGAUAUCUCACCAUACGGUAUGGCCAGAAAUCGGCAUAGAAUUUGCUACAAAAUUUAUAAAAUUGCUUAAAUUCGAAGACAAUCAAUUGGUACACUUUCAUCAAGAAUACAGAUAUCAGAACUCUUUAUUGAAACAGUUUAUGGUCCUGUUUCAAGCUUUAGCCGAUAUUCAACAACUGAAGAUUGUUCACAGAUUGAGAGUACCUCUUGACAUAUAUAUUGAUUCACCUGUAGAAGCGAUUUAUAUGUUGUUGGAUAAGAUACAUCUUGACCAAAUAUUGAAUUUUGCAAAUACGUUCCUAAAGCAAUAUAUAUUUAAUAAUAAUUUACAAAACGAUACUGUUUUUUGUAUGUAUAUUCAGAAAACUAUAAAAAAUUCGUAUAGUUGGUGGUUUAAUGAAGAAGCUGCAUGGGAGAAAAGAGUUACUAUUAUAAUAAGCCUUAUACACAAUAUAGAGAAACGACUGGAACAAACUCUAGUAGUUUUAAGAAAAGCUCCAGUGCCUUGGAGUUCAAUUAUAGCUACCUUAGCAGAAACAAGCAUUAAUUAUGACCAUAAUUUAUCUUUUAAAAUUAAAACUGAACGCGAUUACGUUCCAACAAAACUUAUCUUAAAGAAAUAUGGAUAUGCGACAAUUGGUGUAAAUAAUAGAUUGAUGUCACGCAUAAUAAAAGAAAAUUGCGAUUCUAUGAUUAACGAUGUAGAUGUGCUAACUAAAGACGAUCAACAAUUAAGACAAGAUGCGUUUUGUCGGUGCAUAAACGUUCGAUUAAAUGAAAAGAAUCUCCAGAAAGCAAUGGAUGUAUUACAUUAUUUGGAAAAUGAUACUGCCAGUCUUUUAUAUUGUUGUGAAGGAAUUAUUCAUUAUAUUAGUGCAGCUUUCUCUUUUCAAAAUGCAACGACAUCCUUGAUUUAUCACAUGGAAAUAUUGGGUUGUUUAGAGUUCAAAAUAUGUAACUUGUUAACGCAAUCAAAUGUUUGUCCUUAUCGUUGCAACAACAUUAUCAAAAUGAUAAAAGAUUUAAAAUCAUUGUACGCACUGAAGAAAUAUUAUGAGAUUGAUAUUUCUUUGAAAGAUUAUCAUAUGCAGAAAUCAUUUGUGUUGCAAAACUAUAUCUCGAAAUCACUUUCAAAUAUUACGGAGAAUGAUUUGUCAGUAAUGUACAAAACGGUUAUUAAAAUUGCCGAGUUGCUGGGAUUAGAAAAGUCAUAUGCCACUUUAUCCGUGUUAGAACAGAUGAAAAACUUAACGAAUUUAUAUGGACUAGAACAUCUUGUUGAUGAUGAUAAUGAUUUAAAUAUAACGUCCAAAAGAUUUAAGAAUAUACAUAAGACAUGCUUAUCGAUAUUACAACAUUCUGCUGUAGACACCAAUGCUGUAAAAAUUGUCAAAAGUUUAAGUAUAUCGAUGUUAAAUACUUGUCAAGACAGUGAUUUACAGUCUGCACUAAUGGUUUACACUUGUGUCACUGCAUGUCCAAAUUUUUCUAUUCAAGAUUGUUUUGAUUCAAAACAGAAACUCGUACCACAAUCUAAUUGGAAGCUAUAUACAAUUUAUAAGGAUCAAGCAAUAUCUUUGGAUGAAAAGUUGUGGUUUCUAUUUAAAGAUGCAAUGUCUUUGCACUUAUAUUAUUCAAACCAAAUCAGUAUUAAUGAAAUUACAAAUUGCGAUGAACAGAUGAAUCAACUGUUAACUAGUUUCUUGGAAAAUAUAAGAAAAAUACAACCUCAACACAACGAUUAUUCUUUACUGCAAAUUUUCAAAACAUUUUAUUUCAUGUACUAUAGCACAUCUGUAAGAAAUGAAGAGAGAUUAACUGAAAUGAAAUGUAUAUUAUCACAGCUUCUAAUAAAUUUAUUGAGAAAGUUGUGCACUGGACGAUCGUUCGAUUUGCAGUUGGGACUGUCGGCUCUCUUUAUGUUAUCUGAACAAGAAGCGUGCAGUUGGCUUUCCACAGUUUCCGCAUCAUUUCAGGCCGACCAUAUUCGGCAUUGUACAAUUUCAACUUUGGGAUAUGAAUAUUCGUGCUUGGGGCAAAAUCGAUCAUUGAUACAGACGUUUGAGAGUUACAAGUUACUGCAUAUUUGGGCACAACGACUGUCACAUUACUCAAUAAAUUCUAAAGAAGUUUUAACAAAUAGUGCUUCGAGCAAAAGAGAAAUUUUACAACAGAUCAUAAACAGUAAUAAAGAGAAUAUGAUUCCCUUACUAAAGGAUUACUGUUGUAGCUUUGGAUUUAAUUUCAAUGAUUGUCUUUUGCUUUAUUUACAAGUAUUAUUAAAAACGUGGAAUCCAACGAUAACCAUUUCGAAUACAAUAAAUAAAGAGUUACUUAUCUGUAAAGAGGAAGUCGAUGAAUUAAGAAAGAAAUGUAAUGCAGUUGUUGCGCAAAUAGAAGAUAUAUCUAUGUUGAAGCAAUGUAUGUCUACAUUAUGGCAACACAUCUCGUUUUAUCAUUAUGAAGUAUUCAUUAUAUUAAUGGAUCUUAUGGGAGAUAAAGAUAUAGAAAAGAGGAAUUAUCUCUGCUUUUUGCAAAAUUACAUUCGGAGUGGGCCUCCUACACCAAUGGAGCACGAUGAAUGGGUACAGCUUAAUCCUGGACAUAGUACGUUGCCGCCGAUAGCACAAUGGAGACUUCCAUUCUUGCUUAAAGUCGAUAUUUGGAAAAUUAUUACUCCUGAAUUAAAUUUAAAAACAUAUGAUAAAUGGCUUGACAUUGCACCCGUACUUAAUUUAGAAGCACAUCUCAUAUGCUCAUUAGCUAUUAAGGGAGAAGUGGCAAAAGUAUGGGCAAAUAAUUCUAUUCAAUCGAAAAAUACUACAUGGUCGCUUUAUUCAAUAAACACCACAUUGCUGAAAGAUAGCAAGAAAUGUAUACAACGGCUGACAGACUCAGAUGGGUUUUAUUAUGGUACUGCAGCAUUGUAUCAUAUUGUAAAUUAUACACCUCCGGGUGCUGAUCGCGUCGCUGCCGCGAAAGAAUGUUACGAGUAUGCUCAGCUAGCGGCACAAAAUUCUACUAAGUUCAAAGAAGGAAAGGAAUUAGAAAAAAUUAAAUCCAAAUAUUUAACAUUUACGUCUGAGCAUAUUCUACGUAUGUACGGAUUGGAGAAGGAUGAGUAUCUUGCUCUAAUCGAUCAUCCGGGCAAGCUAAUGUACGCGUUGUAUAAUGACAAAAGUAUACCAUUACGAUAUCGAACCGCAACCAAAUAUAGACCCGACAUUAACGCUGCCGUUAAUGAGUUGGGUAAAUUGUUCUCGUUGAAUAUAAUAAAAUUGCGCAUGGAUUUAUUGGAAGAAUGGCUACAAUCCAAUGCCAGAUACUAUACUGAAUUGUCUCAAAGCUUUACAGAGACGUUUCUAGCGCCAAAAGAACCUGAUCAGAAUACAGAUUGUGAAGAUAAUUUACUUAGGAUAUGUUACAUGCUGGAAUAUGGAGAUAUGGAUUUGUUUGCACAAUUUCUUAUAAACAUAGGCUUCGGCAAUCGUCACGGCAAUACUGAAUAUAGUUGUAACGUACGAUAUCGAGUAUUUCAGAUACUGCAGACUGUCGUAGAUACUUCUACGUUGGAGGAAUUGACCAAGCAAGAUAUAUGUACCUUUAGAAAAUAUAUGAAAUCGUUACAGUACAUCGGGAAAUUAGAAUCAUUAGGAUUAUGUUACAGUAUUGAUUCAUUUGAAACAUGUUGUAAACAGGAGCUUGUCCAGAUCUUAUGGAAAAGUCAGCGUCACUUACCCUAUGCUCUCUCUGUUAUAGCGCAGAUUUGCAUCGAGUUUGAAAUAAAUGAUAUCCUACUUUGGGAUGAUACUUUAACUCAGAUGACAAAAUUACGAAUGGUAAACGACUUAAAAAAAGUUUUAUUACAAUUACGAAAUAAAAAUGUCAUUGUGAAUUGUAAUGGUUAUAAAACGGGAUGGCAAUUGAUUAUCUCCGAACCGUUUAGCGAGAUGGACAGAAAUCCAAAUCUGGAGCAAAUUGAUAAUUGCAUAGAAGCGAUUUGUCUGCUAUAUUCGUGUCCUGUGGCAUACGAAUUAGACUUCAUCACAAUCGUAAGAAAUUGUUUCCAAAGUCAACAGGCGCACUUAGCUGCCGCACUUUUACCAUUUUUAAAUGACAUUGACAACAAGCUUGUUUUAGAGACUAUUAAUCAAAAGUGUCAAAUCGAAAAACUCAUAGAAGAUUUAAAUCAUUUGUCUUCAAAAGGAGUACUCACAAUUACACAUAGUCUCGCUAUGGUGCAAAAAUCUAAUCUAAAGGUCAAAGAAUGAAGAAAAAUUUUUUCUCUGUAUUAGAUCAGCUAGA